AUGGGUCGUCACGGUGCUCGUCUUCUUCUCCUCGCCCUCUUCGCCGCUAGCCUGAGGGCCUCUGAAUCCAUCAAUGGCGGCGACGGCGACGACGGCGAGCAGAUCUAUGUCGUGUACCUGGGGCACCUGCCCGGCUCUGAAUCGGACAGUGCCUCGGAGGCUGAGAGUUUAUCUGCUACCGUGGAAGCUGCUCAUCACGACUUGCUGAACAAGGUCCUUGAUGACGGCAGCCAUGCUUCGGACAGGAUCCUCCGUAGUUACAAAAGAAGCUUAAAUGGCUUCGCAGCCAGGCUAACUGAACAACAGGCAAACAAACUAGCUGACAUGGAGGGCAUCGUGUCAGUCUUCCCAAGCCAAACCUAUGAGCUUCAAACAACAAGGUCGUGGGACUUCCUGGGCUUGCCUCCGACGCCGCAGGAGGAGCUUCCCUUGGAGGAGGAGGUCAUCGUCGGCGUGCUCGACACUGGCGUCUGGCUGGACUCGCCGUCCUUCUCCGACGAGGGCUUCGGCCCGCCGCCCAGCAGGUGGAAGGGCAUCUGCCAGAAUUUCACUUGCAACAAUAAAGUCAUAGGCGCUCGCGCUUACCAGGACGGAGUGACCGCCGGCCUGUCGCCGUUGGACGAGCAGGGCCACGGCAGCCACACGGCGUCCACCGCGGCCGGCCGGGCGGUGGGCAACGUCAGCUUCGGCGGGCUGGCCGGCGGCACGGCGCGCGGCGCCGUGCCGGGCGCCAGGCUCGCCAUCUACAAGGUGUGCUGGGACAGCGCCUGCCGCGGGGAGGACAUCCUGGCGGCCUUCGACGACGCCAUCGCCGACGGCGUGGACGUGAUCUCCAUGUCCAUCGGGAGCAGGUUCCCGUCCCUCUACUUCAAGAGCGUGAACGCCAUCGGGUCCUUCCACGCCGCGCGGCGCGGGGUGGUCACGUCGGCCGCCGCCGGCAACUCCGGCCUCAGCGCCGGCCGCGUCUGCAACGUCGCGCCGUGGAUGCUGUCCGUCGCCGCGAGCACCGUCGACCGCCGCUUCGUCGACAGGAUCGUGCUCGGGAACGGCAAGACCGUGGUGGGAUCAUCCGUGAACACCUUUCCACCGGUGAUCAAUGCGACGCUUGAGUUCCCGGUCAAUGGAUCUUGUGAUCCAGAUGACCUCGCUGGAGUUUCAUACAAAGGGAAGAUCCUCGUCUGCCCGCUCGAGGGCGGCUUUCGGACCGAUGCCACAGGGCCGGCCCUGGCCGGCGCAGCAGGAGCGGUCCUUGCCGGCAUGGCACCCGACGUCGCUCUCAUCAUGCCAUUGCCGGCACUCGUGGUGACCGAAGGCCAGCUCGACGAGAUCAUGGCCUAUGUCAAUAGCACCAGCAACCCUGUGGGUACCAUAGAGCGCACUGACACGAAGGCCAACCCACUAGCUCCGAUUGCCGCCUCGUUCUCUUCUCCUGGCCCCAACCAGGUCACUCCGGAGAUCCUGAAGCCUGAUCUAUCUGCACCGGGAAUCGACAUCAUAGCAGCAUGGUCGAUGCUAGCACCACCUUCUGACGAUCCCGACGACAAGAGGAGGGUCCCGUACAGUAUUAACUCCGGCACGUCCAUGGCGUGCCCGCACGCGAGCGGCGCCGCCGCGUACGUCAAGUCCUUCCACCGGGACUGGUCGCCGGCGAUGAUCAUGUCGGCUCUCAUCACCACCGCCACUCCGAUGAGCACGCCGGGGAACGCCGGCACCACCGACCUCAAGUACGGCGCCGGGCAGCUCAACCCGCCGAGGGCGCGCGACCCCGGGCUCGUGUACGACGCGUCGGAGGGCGACUACAUCGCCAUGCUCUGCGCGCAGGGGUACAACGCCUCGCAGCUCGCGCUCAUCACCGGCUCCAACGCCACGGCCUGCCCCGGCGGCGGCGGCGGCGGCGGCUCCGCCGGCGACCUCAACUACCCGAGCAUGGCGGCGCUCGUGGAGCCCGGGAAGAACUUCACCGUGGCCUUCCCGCGGACCGUCACCAACGUCGCCGGCGACAAGGCCGCCGCGUACGACGUGAGGGUCCUCUUCUCUCCCCGCGGGGCGGCGGACCACCUCGCCGUUGCGGUCGCGCCGAGCAGGCUGGAGCUCGACGCGCGGAACGGGCACAAGGCAUCGUUCACCGUGACAGUGACCGGCGUGGUGGCGGAGGCUGGGCACGUCGCCUCGGCGGCCGUGGUGUGGUCUGACGGCGAGCACGAGGUGAGGAGCCCGGUGGUGGUGUACACAUUGGACUCUGAUGACAACGGACUUAAACAGUGA